GCACAUUGAUUGUACCAUAAGUUGAGAAACUUGGGGAUAUGCUCUUUCUCUGUUUCUCUCACAAGUCACAUGCACGGAGUCUUCACAAUCCAAUAAAUCUAAGGCGUCCAUAUACAACCCCAAUAUUCCGAAAACAAACAUGUUUUGAGGGCUUUUGAUAUGCAUUUGAUCAUGUGAUAUGAUUCGGAUGAGUGUAUUUACAAGUUUGAGACGCGUUUCCAACUUUAGUCGCCAUUUUGUAGGCUGUCAACAAACAUCUAAUCGACUGCGACCUUUGAGCGGAAUGGCAGCGAACACAGACGGGAAACAUACGGCGGGGAUCAUAAUCAUAGGUGAUGAGAUUCUGAAAGGUCACACUAUGGAUACUAACUCUCACUUCAUCUGCAGUGAACUCUACAAGCUGGGGGUCAGAGUUGAAAGGGUUUCUGUGAUUCAUGAUGAUCUAUCAGUCAUUGCCAGUGAGGUUGCUUCGUUCUCCAAACGUUACACCCAUGUUAUUACUUCAGGUGGUAUUGGACCCACUCACGAUGAUGUCACCUUUGAAGGUGUAGCCAAAGCUUUUGAUGAGGAGAUAGUUCCUCACCCUGAACUGGUGAAGAUCUGCAGAGAUUACUUUGGUGCUGAUAGCUCUAUGGAUUCACCACAACUAAAAAUGGCUCUGAUUCCCAAGUCUUCGACCCUGACUUUCGGCACAAACCUCAAAACAGGACAGAAGAUGCUUUACCCGCUUGUUUCUGUCAAGAACGUCUACGUCUUCCCUGGCAUUCCAAAGCUGUUAGAGGGCGCUUUCCUCUCACUCAAGGAGAAAUUAUUCCAAGGCUCUCAAGUCCAUUUCCACCUACGAGAGAUCUUUAUCAGCACCCAUGAGAUCGCAAUAGCUCCGUACCUUAACAAAUUCAACACCAAAUACAAAGGAAGGGUGCAUCUUGGGUCCUACCCAAAGCUUAGUCACAGUUAUUACACUGUCAAGCUUACUUUAGAAUGUGAAGAUGAGAAGACACUGGAGGAGGCUCACAGUGAACUCCUUUCUUUUCUACCUCGCGAGCAUAUUGUAAACUAUAUUCAGGACCCCAUCAGCAAUGCUGCGGAGGCUGUCUAUGGUCUAGCUUCUAACCAGGACCACACUAGUCCUCAGCCUGUCUCAGGAACUACCCAGCUAGAGUCCAGUGCUAGUAGUCCUGCCACCUGUCUUGCCAACAAUGUUUCGUCGGGUUCGGAAGACCCAUUGAUUGCAAGACUAGCAACAGCUCUACAAGUUAUCGAGGAAGCCCUUGAGAAGUAUAAAAUGGAGGAGAUAUGUGCAGGAUUCAACGGAGGCAAAGAUUGCACAGCACUUAUACAUCUAUUCCAUGCUGUAGUUAAAAGGAAAUACCCUGAAUACAAAGGCCAGAUACAAGUACUUUACAUCCAACACCCCCACGGUACAUUCCAUGAAGUUGAUGAAUUUGUGGAUGAAUCUAUAAAAAGAUAUAACCUGAAGACCAUCUUGAUAAAGGGACGUAUAAAAGAUGCAUUAUGGGAUAUGAAGAAGAAUCAUCCGACGAUCAAAGCCGUGUUAAUGGGAACGAGACAGACGGACCCACAUUCUGCUAGCUUGAGUGCCUUCUCGCCCACCGAUGAAGGCUGGCCUGAGUUGAUGCGAGUCAAUCCAAUGUUAUUCUGGAGCUACCACGAUGUCUGGGCUUUCUUACGUCGCCUUUUUGUGCCUUACUGCAGACUUUACGACAAAGGUUACACGUCCCUGGGUAGUGUGUCCACCACUUCACCCAACCCCGCCCUGAUGUACACCACCGACAGGGGCGAGAUCAAGUACCACCCCGCCCACAAACUGACAGAAGAGGAACAUGAGAGGUCCGGGAGGGUACCCUUCUCACCUAAAUGAUGAUACGCUUCAACUUCUUCGGGUAUAUUCAAAAGGAUGGAGUAUCUAUGUAGGUUUUCAAGAAGUAUGACAAUGAGCAGGAGGAGAUGACCUGAUGAUCAGAGAAUCAUAUGUUCUACAUAAUCAAAUAUAAUAUAUAUAUUCGAAAGUAUUCCAUGAAGUGGAUCCAGGCAUUAAAUUGGCCUAAUGUCCAAAUUUAGAGAUGACCAGUGUCGCCCUUGCCUGUAAUCUUGGUUUCUUUGCUGUUAUGCUAACGUAAGUGAAAUGACUGAUAUGUUAAGACUACAUACAAACAGUAGGUGAAAAUAACCAAUGCCUGUACUGCCACGUUUUGCUUUUGUUGUUGUUUUCUUUUUAUGAACUGUGAUUCAGUGUGGAUUUUUGGUAUGAAACAUUGCCUCUGGGCAUUCUGUGAACUAAUGGUAAGAAAACAGCGACUUAAGCAAGGUGAGAUGUUAUAGGCCGUUGGUUCUUUGCAUGCACUGUUUGUAGCUGUGGUGCACGGAUUGCCUGUGUUUAGAAAUGAAAGCCAAGAUUUUACAUGUAGGCUUGUGAUGGCCUUGUUAUAAGUAUAAUAUGAUUAAUCAUGGUUUGUAGAUAAGUAUGAUUCAACUAAUAACAAGUGUCCACAUGAUUAUUUAUGAAACAAAGGAAUAUAUGUAUAAAAAAAAAUCAGGCAUAAGUAUAAAGAUACAUCCACUUGAUAUAUUUAAUAUUGAAAAAGACCAUUCACCCUUGGCUGUCACCUAUGGCGAGUUUGGAUCGUUCUUAUAGGGUACAUUACAUAUGAGGUUAAUAUUCACACUGUUCUGACUGAUGUGUAUGAUUUGUAUGCCAUGGACUAGUCUCUUCAGGCAUCGUUCAUUAUGAUAUGGGUUUCUAAGAUUGAUUUCCUCGAUGGACACAGGUUAUGUUGCUAGGUUGGGCAACCCGAGGGUCAUGAGUAGCAAGUUGUGAUGAAAGUAUUGAUUCAGUAACAUACCUCAGUAUUAAUUCUGAACUGCAAUAGAUAUAUCUCAAACUUCACGCCUUGCCUUGUGAAUGAAUUCUGAGUGCAAUCUAGGUACAUUUGAAUGCAUUUUGAAUGUAUUCUGAAUGGAUACGAAUUAUCGGUAAACUUGCACAAGUCAUUCUUCCUUAGGUCAAAGCAGUAUUUGAGACUAGGUUAUGAAAAACAUGUACAGUAUGUAUACCUCUUCUAAGUCAAACAGAGUAUUUGUAGUCCCAAUGUAUUUUACUCAAGGCAAAAUCACAUGUGAGUGCACUCCACAUGAAUCUGAAUGCAUUUUGAAUGUAUUCUAAAUCUAAAUUUACUCUCAGUGGAUUUUGAGGGUUUCCUUAAUGUUACUGAAUGCAUUUUGAAUGUAUUAUAAAUGAAUUUGGAUACUGCUCAUUGUUUCUGAAUGCAUUUUUAAUGUAUUCCAAAUGAAUCUGAAUUUGUUAUUAAUGCCUUCUGAGUGCUCUCUCAAUGCACUUUGAAUACAUUCUGAAUGAAUAUGAAUGCAUUCGUAAUUUAUUCUUAAUGCAUUCAAGUGCAUUUUGAAUGCAACUGAAUGAAUUUUGAAUGUAUUCCUAUUGAAAUCGAUUGAAUUCUGUCUAUCUGAUUGCUUUCUAAAUGCAUCUAAAUGCAUUAUUAAUGUAUUCUGAAUGAACAUGAAUGCAUUCUUAAUUUACUCUCAAUGUUUUGAGGGUGCAUUAUGAAUGCAUUUUGAAUGGGUUUUGAUAGAAUUCUGAAUGCAGAAUGCAUUUACCACUACAUGUAAAUGUGUCCUUAAUCCAUCUGAUUAAAAAAAAAAAAAAUACUGAGAUUAAAAUAUUCCCUCGCCUUCCUUCUCUCAAAUCUCAUGUGCAAUAUACAUUAUUUACAUGUCAAAUUUCACAGUAAAUUAGCUCUCCCCCCCUUUGCAAUUGCUUAAAACAAUAUCCUCUUAAUUCUAUACAUUUGAACUAUGUAUGUCAUUCAGUCAGUCUCUUGUCUUUCUAUGUCAUUAAUUUGUCUUUAGUUCUGUAUUUUUACAUUUGAACUGAUUUGUAGUGGUGUUGUGGUCUAGUGGUUAUAUACAUACAUCACAAGGUACAGGAUUCAAGUCCUGUGACACCCAUAUCCUUUGAUCUACAUUUGCCUCUUGUUAAAGAGAAAAGUUAGUUCUGGGGUCCAUGUCAAAAAACUUGUUACAUUAACAUUUUUGCGCUACUGAAGCCCUUCAAUUUUAUUGGUUGAUAGUACAUUUGGUAUGGAAAUUGGGCAAUUGUUAUUAUAACAGGUCUUUGUGAAACAGGGCCCUGGUGGUGAAUAAGAAUAAUGGAAGAAACCGUCUCAAAAUUUGAUUGCGAUGGACUCUCUAUAAUGCAUUUAUAUGACACCUAGUUAGAUCCUUGUCAUUUGAUUGGUUGUUUUGAGGUGGAUCAUUCAGCCCAUUUUAUAAUGACGUCAUCCGUGCAAUUUGGGAUCCAUUUGUCGUGCAAUUUUGGAUCCAUAGGCUUUUUUCAAUUGCCUGGGUGCAGAGACUACCAGCGCUACACAUAAAAGCACUCGUGUUUGUAGUGCGCGUGUUGUAUGUAUAUGCGACAAUCAACAGACCGCAUUUUCACUGAAUGCACUUCUAUUCAAAUUUAUAAAUGUCAAAUGACAAUGUCUAUUUUAGGUGUCAUAAAACAAAUGAUAAUUGUUCUUUCAUUCGAGCAAUUGACAGAAUAUUUCAUUAAGUGACAGAUGAAAUGAAUGAUCCAUUCAGCUCUUCUACACCUCAUUGAAUGGAUAAUUUCAUCUUUUACCUCGUGAAGUAUUCAUUGCACUCAAAAUCGUUUAGUGUUUACUAAGAAUUGGUGUUUGCUCUUGUAAAAACAAUAAAAUCACCAAAUUGAUGAGAAAUUUAGUAAAUGUACUCAAUUCAUCCAAAAGUCAGAUGCACUGAACACAGGUAAGCAUUUGUGGGACUAUCACCCAUAUUGUUGGCCUGAGAGUUACAGCUGCCAUUUUACAUUGUAAUAUUGGUGCAUUUGAAGAGCUAUCUUUUGCAAUGGACAAAUUUUCAUGAUCUUCUUCCUGAAUAUCAGUUAAUAGAAUGGAAUAUAGCUGACUAUAAUUAGUUCUAUCUUUGAUUUCCUUUUCUUUUUGUUUACCUUUAAUCCCAAUUACCAGUUCCCUCAGAGAGGAAGUAAAGCUAUCAUUCAUCUGGGCCCCAUUUCAUUAAAAGUUUGAAAUGAUCGCAACUCUUGCUGGGAUGUCAACUACCAUGACAACAGUGAAAUUCUGCAUCCUGAUUGGCUCUUCCGAUGAAAGUUGACAUUCCAACAAGAGUUGCUAUCUGGGACAAUUUCACUAAAAAUCUAAAUGAUCGCAACUCUUGCUGAAAUGUCAACUACACUGUACCAUGACAACAGUGCAAUUUUGCAUUCUCAUUGGUUCUUCAAAUGAAAGUUGACAUGCCAGCAAGAGUUGCUAUCUGGGACCCAUUUCAUUAAAAGAUUGAAAUGAUCGCAACUCUUGCUGGAAUGUCAACUACCAUGACAACAGUGAAAUUCUGCAUCCUGAUUGGCUCUUCCGAUGAAAGUUGACAUUCCAGCAAGAGUUGCUAUCUGGGACCCAUUUCACUAAAAAUCUAAAUGAUUGCAACUCUUGCUGAAAUGUCAACUACCAAUGAAAAUUCUGCUUCCUGACUGGUUCUUCCAAUGAAUGUUGACAUGCCAGCAAGACUUGCUAUCUGGGACCCAUUUCAUUAAAAGUUGAAAUGAUCGCAACUCUUGCUGGAAUGUCAACUACCAUGACAAUAGUGCAAUUCUGCAUUUUCAUUGGUUCUUCAAAUGAAAGUUGACAUGCCAGCAAGACUUGCUAUCUGGGACCCAUUUCAUUAAAAGUUUGAAAUGAUCGCAACUCUUGCUGGAAUGUCAACUACCAUGACAACAGUGAAAUUCUGCAUCCUGAUUGGUUCUUCAAAUGAAAGUUGACAUGCCAGCAAGACUUGCUAUCUGGGACCCAUUUCAUUAAAAGUUGAAAUGAUCGCAAUUCUUGCUGGAAUGUCAACUACCAUGACAACAGUGCAAUUCUGCAUCCUCAUUGCUCCUUCCAAUGAAAGUUGACAUGCCAGCAAGAGUUGCUAUCUGGGACCCAUUUCAUUAAAAGUUUGAAAUGAUCGCAACUCUUGCUGGAAUGUCAACUACACUGUACUAUGACAAUAGUUAAAUUCUGCUUCCUGAUUGGUUCUUCCAUUGAAAGUUGACAUUCCAGCAAGAGUUGCUAUCAUAGCAACUUUUUUAUGCAACGGGCCCUGGUUGUCUCUUUGCAAGUAUUUCUGUUCUCCCUCCAGUGGUUGUGUAUUACGAAAAAACGAAAAAAAAAAGUGGUUGUGUAUUACGAAAAGAUCGAGCAUGCGAUCUUAAGUACAUAGGAGUAAUGUUGAAAUUUGUUUACAAAUUAUAAUUUCCUCCUAUUAAAGCCUCUUCACUUACUAUAUAUUGUCCAUGGCGGACUGCAUUUGCAUAUUAAUGAGUCAGAAAGAAGAGGAUCGAGGGUAUUUGAAUUCCAGUCCAUCGUGAUUUAGCCGUGAACCAGGAUAGCCUGGUGGUUAAGUCGCUGCCCAGAAAGCAGUAGAUGGCAGGUUCGAAUCCCACUGGUUCCCAUUUCUUUAUGACUUAUGAUUUUUCAUUAAAGAUCGAGCAUGCGAUCUUAAAUACAUAGGAGUAAUGCCAAAAAUUUGUUUACAAAUUGAAAAAGAACCACUUACACAAUUCUCUUGUUCUCACCUUUAUGUGUACAUGUUAGCAUUCUAUUGAUUUGUUAAGCUCUUUUUAUACAGUAUGCAACAAAAAUUUCCACUUUAUUGUACAAGUUCAUGUAUUGUGUUCAUUCGGUGCAGUAUUAGAAGUUGUUCAUGUUUUAUUGUGAUUGAUGAUUAUGAGAAGUGAUACAAUUGCCUUCUGAGAAGGAAAAGAAGAAGUAAAUAUCAUGUACUUGUAUAUGUAGUACUUUAUGCCAUAUAAUGGUAAAAUUUGAACCUCUCUGUAAAAAAAAAGAAGCUAAACCCAACCCCCCAUCAUAAUGUUUAAUAACCAGGGGUAAUUACACAAGAGAUGAAAUCACUACUAAGAUGUAGACUAUUCAAAUUCCCUGUAUAUACAGUUGAGGCCAGAAGUUUACAUACACCCAGGAAAAUUCAAAGAAAAGUUGACACCUGCCAAACAUGAUAAAAUUUACUGUUUCUUAUGAAAUAUUUGUGCUAUCAUGACAAAUUUGAUAUCAAACAAAUGAGUAUGUCAUGCCCCUUUAUUUCAUUGCUUUGUCAUCAGGAGCUGAACAAUUUUUAGGUGUCAUUUUUUCCCAAAAAAAUCUUCAUAUUAUUUUAGACGAAUUGAAAAUAAAAAAUAUUGACAAAAACAUUUCAUAUAUGUGCUAGAUACUUCUAAACACUAACAUUUCAUUUUACAUUUUUUGUUCAGUGUGACAUGUCAUGAUAGAAAAUGUAAUAUAAAUGAUAGAUUUGACAUUUAUUCAUUUCUAUGAAACAAUGUUUGAUAAUAACAAACAAUGGAACACAUUUGGUACGAAUAUUUUUUUCUGCAAAGAAAAUUCCAACUGAAAUAUACUUUAAUCCCAACAGCAUCCCAUUCAUGUGAAAGAGCCUAAUAUGCUCUUUCGUUUGAUACCAAAUUUAUUGCAGUAUUUAUAUAUCUGAAGAUAUAGUAAAUUUUACGAUAGUUUGGCAAGUGAACAAAUUUCACUGAAUUCCAUGGGUGUUUGUAAACUUUGGGCCUCAACCCACAUACUGUACAUGAGUAGGGAACUACAUGUAUAUUCUUAUGGAGUUCUUUGUGAAUUAUCCCUGAAAGGAGAUGUUAAUUUUGGUUUUGCCUUAGGAAAUAAUUUCAUUGGGGGUUUACCAGUCGAUUGUACUUUGUUGUAUUUAUGUGGAAUAUGCAAGUAUAUAACAUUAUUGAUAUUCAUGUGGUAUUUUGAUCUGCCUUUGUACAAAAAACUAUUAUUACAGAACAGAACACUAAUAAAUGAAAUUAUCUAUAACAA